GAGGGGAUUGGAACACCUGAAUCACAUGAUAUGGAGGGAUUGGAACACCUGAAUCACAUGAUUGGGAGGGGAUUGGAACACCUGAAUCACAUGAUUGGGAGGGGAUUGGAACACCUGAAUCACAUGAUAUGGAGGGGAUUGGAACACCUGAAUCACAUGAUUGGGAGGGGAUUGGAACACUUGAAUCACAUGAUAUGGAGGGGAUUGGAACACCUGAAUCACAUGAUAUGGAGGGGAUUGGAACACCUGAAUCACAUGAUCGGGAGGGGAUUGGAACACCUGAAUCACAUGAUAUGGAGGGGAUUGGUACACCUGAAUCACAUGAUUGGGGGGGAUUGGAACACCUGAAUCACAUGAUAUGGAGUGGAUUGGAACACCUGAAUCACAUGAUAUGGAGGGGAUUGGAACACCUGAAUCACAUGAUUGGGAGGGGAUUGGAACACCUGAAUCACAUGAUAUGGAGG